GGUCCUUAGCUCCGCGCGCGGGGCGUGACCUUUGUCCAAAUUUGUUUGCACCCCGCCCACACACGGGGGAGGGAGAGAAAGGAGAGGGCUGCACUUCCCUGGGGCCUCUGCCGGGGACGGGCUGCCCGGAGUGCCUACUGGGAGCUGCCUAGCGCCCUGGGGCCCCAGGGUCCCGAGGGGAGGACCGUCUGCGUGGUGCUCCUACGGCCCCUUUCCUCCCCCAGUGCCCUGACGACAACCUUUUCCAGCCAUGCCGGUAACAGUGACCCGAACAACCAUCACUACCACAUCCACAUCCUCCAAUGUGGUAGGAUCCCCUCGGGCACUGACCCAGCCCCUGGGCCUCCUCCGCCUGCUGCAGCUGUUAUGCACCUGCGUGGCAUUCUCGCUGGUGGCCAGUGUGGCCGCCUGGCAGGGGCCCAUGGGCAACUGGUCCAUGUUUACCUGGUGCUUCUGCUUCGCCGUAACCCUGGUCAUCCUCAUCGUGGAGCUAGCCGGGGUCCAGUCCCGGUUCCCUCUGUCCUGGCGUAACUUUCCCAUCACCUACGCCUGCUACGCUGCCCUCUUCUGUCUGUCCUCCUCCAUCAUCUACCCAACCACCUAUGUGCAGUUUAUGUCUCACGGACGAUCCCGGGACCACGCCAUCGCCGCCACCACCUUCUCUAGCAUCGCCUGUUUGGCUUAUGCCACCGAAGUGGCCUGGACUCGGGCGAGGCCUGGUGAGAUCACCGGCUACAUGGCCACCGUCCCGGGACUGCUCAAGGUUUUUGAGACCUUCGUAGCCUGUAUCAUUUUUGCCUUCAUCAGCAAUCCAAACGUGUAUCAGCGGGAGCCGGCUCUGGAGUGGUGUGUGGCUGUGUAUGCCAUCUGCUUCAUCCUAGCCGCCGUGACCAUCCUGAUGAACCUGGGGGAGUGUACCAACCUGCUGCCCAUCCCUUUCCCAACCUUCCUGUCAGGCCUGGCCUUCCUAUCUGUCCUCUUCUAUGCCAGUGCUCUUGUCCUCUGGCCCCUGUAUCAGUUCAGUGAGAAGUAUCACGGCCAGCCCCAGCGGUCAAUGGAUGUGGAAUGCACUUACAAACACCCCCACAAUGUGUGUGGCUGGGAUCGCCGACUGGCCGUGGCCAUCUUGACAGGUGUCAACCUGCUGGCCUAUCUGUCAGAUCUGGCACACUCUGCCCGGCUGGUGUUUGUCAAGGUCUAAGAUUCACAAGGGGCUCCCGUCCCCAGCCCUCCUUCCCACAUCUUCGUCUGAGUUUUUGGUACUGAGUCUUUUUCCUCCCCUUUUCCUCCUCUCUUCCUCUUUGUAUCCUCUUCCUGAUCUGCUGUUCUCUUUCCUCUUGCCGUUUCCUUUCCUCUUCCUGUUUUGUUUGCUUGUCCACAUCCUGUUUUGCCUCUGAGCUGUGUCACGACCCAGUCUUUCCCUUUACCACUUUUUUUUUUAAAUCCAACCUCACUGUUCCCAACUGCCUAUUUGCUCACCACAUCUUUCUAGUUCCCGGGGAGCCCUCAGAAUCCUUGCUGUCUCCCAACCCCCAAAGGUGCUGGCCCCACACAUCCCUCACUUCACAGUUCUUCAACGUGAGUCUCCCUAGGGGCCACAUUGCCAAAGCAUGCCCCCCUGCCCUGGCUGUGCCUUAGUCAGUAUGUAUGAGUGUGUGUGUUGAAGGGGCUUGAGGGGUGGGCAGUGUAUGGUACACCUCCCUUUAAGUUUUAAAGAACAAACAACUCCAGGAGGUCAAUAAUUCUCAGUGGGCGGGAGGCUUUAAGCACAGACCCUGGGUCCCUGUGCCACUGCCUGGCUUAUGCCCAAGAUUGGCUCCAGAAUUUUUGCCAGGCUUACAAAAAUCUCACUGCCUAGAGGCUAGCCUAAAUGAAGCAAGAUAUGGAUGCAAAAAAGAAAAAGCCAGGCAGAAACCACAUGGUCAUGAAAACAACUCUGAAGUAUUUCUGAGGGGCAGUGAUGGUGUCCCUCCUGUCUCAGUGUUAAAAAUAACAUGGCCUGCUUUAAUAGGUUUGAGAGAAAAUGGCCUCUUGCCGGCCUUAAAGGCAUUAGCAUAAGUCUUUUUUUCUUCUUCCUGAGCAUGAAGGUAAAAAUGACUAAGAAGCCCUAUUCUUUUUUUUUUUUUUCUUAAGUGGCUUUUGAGACACGCUCUCAUGUAGCUCAGGUUAGCCUUGAAUUUGUUAUUGAGGCUGGCCUUGAAUUCCUGAGCCUCCUGCCUCCACCUCCCAAAUCCUGGGAUUUACAAGCAUUCCUGUACCACCAAAUCCAGUUUGUGGUCGUGUUCAAGAGGAGAGUUUCUUAGGAAUUUUUCUUUUCUGUCUUGGGUGGGUGGGGGAUGGGAACUGCUGCUGUGGAAUGGAAUGGCUUGUGUGUCUGCUGCUCACACACACGUGUCUCCGUGCUAGUCGCUUCAUGUUGUUACUUUCUGCUUCUCUGGGACUCACAUGCAUUACGUGAUAUAUAUAAAUGUAUAAAUAUAUAUUUUAUUUUUUUUAAUUCCCUGGAGCUUUGGGUUCCUGUAGCUCCUGCUGUCAGUCAUAGAAGCCUCGUCCCUCCUCCCACACCCAUAAUGUUCUUUUUUUAAAAUCUCAAUAUAAAGAUAACAGGA